UAAGGAUUUUUGGAAGCAGGCAAACAAGAGCAGAAGUUUAAUUCACUUCUUGUGCAGCCUACAAACUCCAGCUGUCUCUCCUCUCUCUCUCUCUACUUGCAGCUACAGAGAACCCAGCAACAGAGAAAGUGACAGGGUAAGGGAAGAAAGACACAGAAACACUGUUCCUGAUUAAGAAAGAAGAAGGAGAAGAAGUUUUCCUCCAUAUUUUGCUCUUAAUGCACUUUUUUAUAGAAGAAAGUUGAAGAGACAUCUUGGGACAAAUUCAUGAAUAAGGCUUGAAGGACCCUUGGCCACUUCUGGUGUAGUCAUGCAGUUCCAUUGGGAUGUUGUGGCCCUUCUGAACUUUGGGUUUAUCCUCUGGACUUCUGCAGAAGAAUAUGAUUAUUACAGCUGGCAGUCGGACAAUUUCCAGAAUGGACGAUUCUACACCAAACAGAGCAAAUGUGUGGACAUUCCCCAAGAUCUUCAUCUCUGCCAUAAUGUUGGCUAUAAGAAGAUGAGGCUUCCUAACUUACUCGACCAUGAAACCAUGCCUGAGGUAAAGCAACAAGCCAGCAGUUGGGUUCCCUUGUUGGCGAAGAGAUGUCAUAGAGAUACCCAACUCUUCUUGUGCUCCCUGUUUGCGCCGAUUUGCUUGGAGAGACCCAUUUACCCAUGCCGGUCAUUGUGUGAGGUGGUGCGUGACAGUUGUGCACCAGUCAUGGAGUCAUAUGGUUUUCCUUGGCCAGAGAUGCUGAACUGUAAUAAAUUUCCUCUCGAUAAUGACCUCUGUAUCACUGUGCAAUAUGGUACCAAGCAAGUGACUCAACCAUCAGGAACCAAGAUCUGCACUCAGUGUGAAAUUGAGCAAAAAUCUGAGACCAUGAGGGUUCAAUAUUGUGCAAGUGAUUUCGUUACUUCCAUGCAGCUGACAGCAAUGCUGUACAGAUCUCUCUUCUGGCCUGUUCACGAUGAUGAUGAAGACUAUCAAAGGGACGGGCAGGGAGACAUUGCCCCCGUGUCCCACUGCGGCAUUCAACUGUAUCUCUAUCAUGAGGAUGGCAAUACAGUUGAACAGAGAGAGGCUAGACAUGAGAUGAUCCUUCAAGAUUCCAUGGAGACCAUGGCCAAAGCUAAGAAAACACUACUCUCUGAAGAUGACUUUUCCUACUCAUUAGUCCUUCCUCUGCAGUUUAAUGUCUUUCCCAUGUCUUUAUCCAUUGCCCUCAAUGUCCUCUUCACUUGGAUAACAGAUAUUACAAAGUUCUACGCAGCCAAGCCAACCGAUGAUUAUUUCACCCCUGAUACAGCUGAAAUUGUCUGGAUCCAGUUUAUUCAUCUGGUGUCUAUAAGAAGCCCAUAA